GGGACCUCGGCUCUUUAUAAACAUGGCCGUUAAGUCCUUUACAGCAUCAGGUACUGCGUUUGGCUGAAUUAGUUAGACUUUGAGGAAGCCACUGAGGGUAACUAGCACAGUAACAGGUGGAAAGAAAAUGUAGACACACAACCGGGGGCUCUAAAUUAUUUACAUUGUUUUAUCUCUGCGUGGGAACGACAUUUAUAAACUUAAUGUAGUACUUUAAGCUAGCUAGCUAACGAAGCUAACGCCGACGUCUCAACGUUAACUUGUGUCAACUUUUUCAGCCAGCGAGCCUAAUCUGCUACUUGACUGCUUAUCGAAAUGGAGGAGUGCCUUCGGUCGCCCAGUCUGUCUUGAUGAAUAUUUCACACCCGGACAUCUCGGAUUUACUCAGCUAAAGGCUAACCCAAACUUUCUUGGAGGUUUCCUUUUGGUUUGUGUCUUUUUUUCCUCACUGGCAGCAGCCGAGCGCUUGCCAGGCGCCCGUUCAGAAACAUCACCGAGAGGGCGGACAUAAACAAUGUUCUCUGUCAAACCCAUGAAACCAACCUUCAAGUGUUAUCUUCCUCCUGUACAGACUAAUGUGAAGGAAACUAUUGAACCGCCUAUCAAAAAGUUGGAGCCUAAGUUACUUCCAGGGGAGAUAGUAGUUAAUGAGGUAAACUUUGUGAGGAAAUGCAUCAGCACUGAAAGCAGCCAGGAUGAUCUUUGGGGGAAGUUGAUAUGCACCAACUUUAAGGUCUCCUUCAUCCCUCAGGAUGCCCCACCUAAACAGAAGUCCCAGUUGUCCCACCUGCUGCUCGGAGAGCACGACAUCCCCCUGACCUGUCUGGAACAAGUAGUUACAGUGAAUGAUACAAAGGGGAAAAAGAAAGUGUUGGGGUCAAAUCAGAAGCUGAAGUUUAACCCCACUGAGCUCAUCCUGUACUGCAAAGACUUGCGCAUCAUAAGGUUCUGCUUUGAUGAGGCUGGGCCUGAGAGUGCCAAAAAGGUUUGCCUUGCUAUCGCCCACUAUUCCCAUCCAGCUGAUCUUCAUUUGUUGUUUGGCUUUGAGUAUCAAGGACGGCGAUACCAUGAAUCUAAAGAGGAGCGAGUCAAUGGCUCCACCCCUCGAGGAGGAUUACAGACCCCUAUUUUUGACCGUCCAUCUGACUGGGAUCGGGAGAUCAAAAGAACGGGUGCUUCAGAGUGGAGGGUGUGCUCCAUCAAUGAGAAUUAUGCCAUCUCACCAAGUCUUCCAGAGUAUACUGUGGUCCCAGUUUCUCUGGCAGAUCAAGAUCUAAAGCGGCACUCACUAUUCUUCACUGAUAAUCGCAUCCCUCUCUGGUGCUGGAAUCACCCCAAUGGGAGCGCUCUUGUGCGCAUGGCCAGCAUAUGUGAUCCAGCACAGCAGAAGAAGAUUGAGCAGAAGGUCUUUAAUGCCAUCACAAAAAGCCACCCACAGCGAAGUGAUGUCUUCAGGUAUGAUCUGGACAAGUGCCUACCUAACAUCCAAGACAUCCAGAGUGCCUUUGUCAAAGCUAGGCAGAUCUGUGUUAUAGAUCCUUUUGAGGAGUCUGAGGAGAGGUGGCUUUCCUCCAUUGAAAACUCACGAUGGCUGGAGCACGUAAGGGCUGUUUUGAAACAAUCAGCUGAGAUAGUCUACUGCCUGGAUGGAAAGAAUGCAUCAGUCAUUCUCCAAGAGGAAGAAGACAGAGACUUGAGCUGUGUAGUGUCCUCAUUGGUGCAGCUCAUGUUGGACGCUCACUAUCGCAGCCUCAUUGGCUUUCAGAGUUUGGUGCAGAAGGAGUGGGUGAUGGCUGGCCAUCGCUUCUUGGACAGAUGCAACCACUUAAAAAGGAAUGACAAAGAGGAGUCCCCACUGUUCAUGCUGUUCCUGGACUGCGUGUGGCAGAUAAUGAACCAAUACCCAGCAGCAUUUGAGUUCACAGAGGCCUAUCUGACAGUACUGAGUGACAGCAUGUGGAUCCCCCUCUUCAGUACUUUCCUCUUCAACUCUCCCAAACAGCGUGCACAGCACUUAAUGGACUUUGCCAAGAAUAAAGCCAUCCCUCAAGGAGAAGACCAGGUUUUGUAUUUCCCUCCUGUUUGGGACUGGUCACAGCAGUUCUCCACCAAAAACCAAACCCUCUUUAACAACCCCAUGUACAUAGGCAAAGGAGCUGCCUGUGUUCAGAAUGGGGAAGUGAAAACCUUCAGACGCACAAAGCAAAAAACCUACAGUUCCACAUUGCGAGGAACACCAGCCUCUUUGCGUAAUGGACUGAAAGGUGGAGAGGAUGCACUGCCACGACGGGGCUCUCUGGUGUCGGAGCUGAAGCCUGAUUUCUCACCAGUGAAAGAUGAAAGCCCAUCAGAGCGCUUUUUCAGGGACUGGUUCUCUCAACCUGCUGACCAGCAGGGCCUCCUGAUUCCCUUGCUCAUGCCCUCACAUGUGGCUCUUUGGAAGCUCUUCUUUCUUCGCUGGGUUCCUGAAGCCUGCAUUCCCAAAGGAGGCCCCAUCACCGCCUACCACAAGCUCUCCCAACUGGUCGAUGAAAUUGAGAUACUGCAGAGCCAGCUCAGGCAGUAUAAGGGACCCAGUCCGGGCACCACGCCCCUCCCCAGCCCAAGUGGCCCCCCUUUAGACCAAAGGAGAAUGUAUUUUAAGGCCUCUUCUCCGAAUGACUCCCCUACACCUCCAGACUUCCUUACCUCCUCCUUUCCUUUCACCCCAAUGGGAAAUCUGUGCCGCCGCACUGUCCAUGGGACGCCCAUUAGCAAAUUUCUGAAUGGGGCAAGGAUCUGGCUCUCAACAGAGACUCUUGCUAAUGACACUGUCUGAGGAUGUGGGGCUUUCAGGCUCACUUUUCUGAGCCCAGUACAGGUCUGCUUAACAACUAAUCAUCUUAUUUUCUAUUGCGUCUUUCUUAAAUACCAAGAAGGAAAAUGAGAAAUAGAAAAAUGUUACUUUGGACUUCUGAUUUUUAAUUAUUUAUAAGCUAGAAUUUGCACCAUUGAUGCUGCAUCAAAAUCUGAGGUAAUUUCUAAACUAAAGUGUUGUCUAUCGUCCAUUACAGCUGAGGAAUUCAGAUUCACUGAAGUGCAUCCUCCUUAUUGGCCAGUGAGUUGUUACUGUGAGCUUUCCUCUGACUGUGAAUGAUCAUCAUCUUUAUUAUAGAUGCAUUUUCUUGUCUACUCUUGUCAACUGCUUUUUUUUUUUUUUGCUAAGCUUACUUUAUGACCCACACAAGGAUUGCUUUUCAAGAUUUUAAUAUUGAGUUGAGAUAAGGUUGAGAACUCCCUUUCUAAGACUUACCUGUGAUUUACUGCACAUUUUAAAUAAUAAUUGAAAUUCAACUAUUUAAGUAUGUGUAUAACAGCAAUGCUAUCAGUUGUUCUUGCUUUGAUUUCUCAUUGGACAGUAGGACUUCUUCACUGUAAUGGAAUACUGAUACUUGAAAUUAGAAAAUGCUCCUUUUUAUUGCAGCAGCAAUGAUGCAAUUCACUGAACACUGAUUUCCCAAUACUCCAUUAAUUUGUGCCUUCCAGGAAAUUUAAUUGAAGAUGUAAUGUUUACCUGGUCUUUUUUUCAGAAAGAGGGACAGAAAAUAACACUGCUAACAAGUAUUUACUUUGUGGUAAAAAACAAAAAGGAUCUGGCCUGGUUGAAUGUAACAGGGCGUUUUUUUUUUUUUUUCUGGGGGGGGG